AUGUCUUCUCCCAUCGACAGCUCCGUCUUCCUCUCCCUCGCCCCCACCACCUCCUCAUCAUACCCUUUCAAGGCCCAGCAGCCAGCAGCCGCCGCCGCCGCCGCCGUUGUCACCGAGCCGGCUCCCCUCAAGCGUCGCACCUCGAGCUUGAGCAGUGACAGCAGCAAGAACGGCGCCGCCGGCGGUCUGCGCUUCCUCAAGCUCGGCCCUGUUCACUACGGCGAGCACCCCGACGAGCACAAGUCGGAUUGGCACCCCGCCCUCCUGGGCUGA